CGCUGACCGUUUUGCCGGGUCGUUCGUUGCUUACCGUCCGGCUUUCCCCCAUCAUCUACUCGCCAGAUCCACCGCUGACGCUCGGUCUGCCCUCGGCAUCUCAUUUGGCCCAAAACCAGAUCUAUCCUCCUGCUGCUCAUCUGCUCGUCAUGACCAAACCCCAAGUUGACUACACCCUCUAUCUCGUCACGGAUCGCUCUUUGCUUCCCGCUGGCACCACGCUUGCCUCGUCCGUCAAGGCUGCCAUCGAGGGAGGCGCUACCCUCGUCCAGCUCCGCGAGAAGAAUGUCUCUACCAAAGAAUUCGUCGAGACCGCCCAGCAGGUCCUUGCGAUCACCCGAGCUGCAGGUGUGCCGCUUUUCAUCAACGACCGCAUCGACGUUGCCCUGGCGGUCGACGCCGACGGUGUUCACAUCGGCCAAAGCGACAUGCCGGUGGACAUUGCCCGUGGCCUCCUUGGUUCGACCAAGGUCCUCGGCGUGACUGUCGAGAACCCGCAGCAGGCCUGGGAUGCCAUCCAGAAGGGGGCCGACUACAUCGGCACCUCGGCUGUCUUUCCGACCGGCACCAAGAAGCACGCCGACGACCACCAGUUCCUUGGCCCUGUCGGUGUCAAGGCGAUCCUUGAGUCGGUCCGCUACACCGACAUUCCUGUCGUGACCAUUGGUGGCCUCAAUGCCGACAAUGUCGAGCAGGUUCUGUUGGAAUCGGCCGUCGAGAAGAGCGGCCACAAGCCCGCCAAGCGACUCUCUGGCGUCGCCAUCGUCUCGGCCAUCAUCGCCAAGGAAGACCCAAAGGCCGCUUCGCAGGUACUGGCGGCCAAGAUCCGUCCGAUCGUCUCGGGCACGGCCCAUGCCGCCGUUGAGCGAUCGCUCGUCUGGAAGCGCCCCGAUGCCGAACAGGCGCUCGUCGACAAGAUUGCCAACGCAUUCAUUCAGCUGCGUGAGCGAAAGCCUCUCGUGCACAACAUCACCAACUACGUUGUCAUGAACGACACCGCCAAUGUCAUUCUGCACAUUGGCGGUCUUCCUGUCAUGGCCCAUGCUCACAACGAGGCUGCCAAAAUCACAGGCAUCUCCAAUGCCCUUGUUAUCAACAUUGGCACGCUCGACGACCCCAAGGUCCAAUCGAUGCACAUCUCUGCCAAGCAGGCCAACGAAAAGGGAAUCCCGAUCGUCCUGGAUCCAGUCGGUGCUGGCGCGACAUCCUACCGCACCGAAACCACCCUUAAGCUCCUGACCGAAAACAAGAUCGACAUUGUCAAGGGCAACGCCGGCGAGGUUGGCAUCAUUGCCGGCUGCGGUGGCGUCGAGAUGCGGGGUGUCGAGAGUGUUGGAACGCUCUCGCAGCCGGAGUUUGUUGUCGAGAGCCUGGCCAAGCGCUUUAGCAACGUCUUUGCCAUCUCGGGCAAGACCGAUUACAUCUCUAAUGGCGCUCAGACUGUGGCCGCCUCCAACGGAAACGAGUGGCUCGGAACCCUGACCGGCACGGGCUGCUCAACGACGACCCUCGUGGCCAGCUUUGCCGCGGUCGAGAAGGACCAUGUUGUCGCCACGGUUGCUGGUAUCGUCGCCAUGGGUGUUGCUGCCGAGCUUGCUGUUGAGUCUGGACGUGUUGCCGGUCCUGCAAGCUUCAAGGCUGCCCUCUACGAUGCCCUGUACCAUUUGAACGCCGAUGCCAUCCGACUGCGCGCCCGCGUUGAGAUUUUGAAGAGCGCCUAGGUACACACCCAGAGGGUAUGGAACGGGGCUCAAGUGUCUCGCUUGUGCUCGCCUGCGUGAUAUGCGGAAAGCGUAUGGCCGCACCAAGAGCGCGUCAGACCCAAAGCAAUAUAGGAGCUCAAUCCUCAUUGAUGAGAAUGUCGAGACAACCAUUGUGUCUGCAACAUGGCGAUUGGCAUCUCGUUGGGCUUCGUUGCUGCGGCACGAUCCUUUGGUGCGGCACGAUCCUUUGGUGCGGCACACAAUAUAUCGACAGCGUCUGAC